GUUACGAUUGAUAACAGUGAAGAUCCUAAAAAACGUCUCGGUGGUGGACCAAAUGAUGCAAAAGAAAUCAUGGUUCAUGCAUUUUUUUCCGGAAUCAAUUGGGAAGAUGUCCUUGCAAAAAAGGUUAUUCCUCCAUUCAAACCAGCUGUUACUUCUGAAACUGAUACCAGAUACUUCGACUCUGAAUUUACUGGGGAAUCAGUUAAAUUAACACCUCCAGGUCCUAACAAUUUAAAUUCCAUAUCGGAAGAGGAAGAAUUGCCUUAUUUCCAACAAUUCUCCUACCAUGGCAGCGCAGGAGCUUGUUAACAAUGUACGAUCACGGGCCAAGGUUGGGCUUAACAAUCCUUUUAAAAACGAACCAGCGUAACACAAGCAAAAUUUAUAUACAAAAACUUUACCCUUUUCUUCCACCAAUCACACUGUUAAUUACUUAUAACGUGAUAUAAUAUUAAUAUACACACACGUACACUCAAUCAA